AUUGAAAAGGCCAUUAGGCAGACGCAUCAGGUCGCCACCCUAUAUAAGCUAAAGCAUUUCGAUAGCCACACUUCAUAGUCAUAAAAAUAUUCUUGACAAAAUGAAGUGCAGACUGCAAUGUCUGUUGUUCGCAUUAAUGCUGGGACGAGCAUUUUCGAUGAUUAUGGUCAAUACCGGCGGAGUACAUGAUAAGUACAGUGUUGAAACGAAAACUGGAACUACAUCACCGGCAGCUGGUGGUAGUGCCGGCACUGCAGCAAAUACUGGCGCAACAACAGUUACUACAUCCGCCGGUCAACUAGAUCUUUCAGCUCUUACCCCAAUUCUUGGAUCUCUAUUAUCAUCUGCUGGAUCAUCGACAGCGGCGACAGGUUCGGCAACAGGUGCCACAAGUGUUACACCUAACCUACAAAACCCUACGACAUAUACCCCCUCUCUAUUCAAUAAAUUUGGUGGGGCAGGUGGUGGUUUGUCAAUUUUUCAAUUGUUAAAACCAAAUUCCAUUGCACCCCCAAGAUCGAACUUUUCUUUGCGCGAUAUAACGGAGAUGGUAACAACCAUUUACAAUACCAUCAACAACAGUAAUAAUGCCCGUUUCAGUCACGACCUGCCGCAAUUUUAUCCGUAUGCGUACAAGCAAUAUUAUAAUCCAUAUGAAGCUCAAUAUCCGGGUGCUCCUCAACUUUACUAUGUGUAACGAUUUUAUGUAAACGGAAUGAAAUAAAAUAUUGAAAAUUA